UUAGUUUAUUAAACAUGUAUCUAACAAAUUUAAUGACAAAAAACCUUUUUAGUAUUUGCCAACAGUCCUCCAGGGCUAUUAGUUGUACACAGAUAUUAAAUGUAAAGGAGUGGCGAGUUUCACGUGGACUGCCUGUCAAUAAAAAUGCUGAAGGCAUUUUAACGGAUGGUCCUGAUUAUACCUUUUUGGAUGGAAGACCUACUCCUUUACUGCACAAACAAAAGUUAAGAAUGCUCAAGCAACGUGACUUUGCUUCUCGGAUUGUGGAGUUGAGCUCAGAACUAGACUUUGCGAAGACAAGACACCAAAAAAUGCUGGAAGCUAAAGAAGAAGAAAGGAAUACAAUCCUAAAUAACAGAUUAAAGCCAAAGGGAAAAGCUUUGUUAAAUAAAAAAUGAAAAACUAGUUUAAACAAGAAAUUGAUAUAGUUAUGU